AUGGGGAAGAGAGAGAGGGAAGAUCCUUGCCGUGUUUGUAGGCAUUAUCAUAAUUAUGACGAAGGAGAGCCCUGCGACAUCUGCGGCCACGUAGGCACCUCCACGAAGGCGGCGCAAAUCCAAGUCAGCUCUUUUCCGUCGGAAAUACUGCCGGACUUUCUCUAUCUCGGCGGAUUCGACACCGCUUCCAACUUUAAAAUCGAUGUGACUCACGGAAUCUCUCACAUUCUCAACACGGUUCCUUCGUGCGAGAAUCUCUACCCAAGUUCGUUCACAUAUCAUCGUCUUCGAGAUGAAAAAGCUUUAGAAUUUGACAAUGCCAUCCAAUUUCUAGACAAAUGUGAGAUUGACAAGUCCCGUGUUCUUGUGAACUGUAUGUCAGGAAGAAACAGAUCACCAGCGAUUGUGGUUGGUUACUUGAUGAAACGCAAAGGGUGGAGAUUAGCUGAGAGUUACCAGUGGGUUAAACAACGAAGACCAACUAUUGACAUCUCUCCAGAGUUCCAGCAACAGCUCAAAGAGUUUGAAGCGAGGUUAUUUGGAUCAAGAGAUGGCUAUGGAUUAUCUGAGCUCAAUAAUCAACUUCAAGACUUGGCUUUUGGACCGGUGAAUGAUAAUAUUCGUAUGGAUUACUAG